AUGUCGGCGCCAGACAACGCCGAGUACGAACUGCUCACCGAGCACUUUAGCUAUCCCCCAGUUUCCCUCCUCGACGACAUCAUCAAUGCGGUCAACGUCCUCGCUGACCACGCCCUCGGCGCCGUCGAGCGGGCCCUCCGCAAGAUCUCCGCGCAGAACCUCGGAUUUGGCAACCCCAAGAAGCGCGGCGCGCCUGGCGCCGACGCCGCCGCCGCCGCCCUGAGCCCCGACGAGGCCGCCAAGCGCGAGAUCGAGCACGGCACGCACCAGCUCGAGACGCUCCUCAACGCCUCCAUCGACAAGAACUUUGACAUCUUUGAGCUCUAUGUCAUGCGAAACAUUCUCACCGUCAAGCCCGACGACCGGCCGUACAUGCAGCUCGCCCACUACAAGGGCCUCGACUUCUCCCCCCCCGGCGACGUCGCGGGAGCUUCCCCGCCGCCCAGCCUCGAGUCCAUAACGCAGCUACGGAGACGACUGCACGCCAGCCAGCAGCUGCAGCUCGCGCUGGAGACGGAGCGCGUGCGCAACGACGCGCUCCUCGCGACGCUGCGCGCGGCCGUCGGCGUCAAGGGCCCCGCACCCACGACGACGACGACGGCGGCGGUGAAGACGGAAGACGAUGCCGCCGCCGUGCAGGAACAGCAACAGGCCAACGCGCUGGGCUUUCUGCACGACCGCGGCACGCUCGAGGAGGGCGGUUCCGAGCGACCCAUCGCCACGACGACCGAGUUCACCCUCGCGCAGCUACAAACCCUCCGGACGCUGUCGUCAUCUCUGCGGGAGCUCCUCCCCACCAUCCGCGACGACGACAACGAAGAAGACCAGGAGGGAGAAGAGGAGAAGAGCUGGCGCCGCGAACGCGCCGAGUACAUCGAGCGCGCGUCCAGGCGGUACCUGGAGACCGUCGCGGGCGUCGAGCUCGGUCCGGGUGGCGAGGUGCGCGACGGCGAGUGGCAGAGCGCGGGGCGGGCGCUCGCGCGCGACGAGGUCGAGGGGCUCGAGGCCGUGAUGGCUGUCCUAGGCGCCGCGGCGGCGGCGGCGCAAGGGGAGAACGAGGAGGGUGGUGCAGCGGAGGAUGAGGAUGAGAGCAUGGCGCAGUCGUGA